CGCCUCGGAAUGUUUCAGGGUGACGGGGCGGGAUUUCCGCAGGAAGCUGGCUAGGUUGUUGUGUGAUGGCCUCGGCCACUAAAACUAGAUUCCGGGGAGCAGACUGUGCUACGUCUUUGGCCUUUAGCUGGUCGAGUAUAGAAUACGUAACUGGGCCCAGAGAUACUUGAAAAGAUCUGCUGGGCAGAGCGAACGGCCUGCGGAUCUAGGGUCGGGGCUUGCCCAAGGGCGGAGGGGUGAAGUAAGUGUUCGGCCCUGGGGCGGGGACCGCAGAGUGACAUCUUGCCUUCAGUGUUUUCACUGACUACAUUUCCUUUAUUCAGGCUCCCACAUCGAAAUUAGAAGGAGCCCACGAGUUCCCUACGGGUCUGUGGAAACUGUCCCGUGACUGUUGGUGAAGAUGCCAUAUCUUGGCUCUGAGGACGUGGUGAAGGAACUGAAGAAGGCUCUGUGUAACCCUCAUAUUCAGGCUGAUAGGCUGCGCUACCGGAAUGUCAUCCAGCGAGUUAUUAGGCACAUGACUCAGGGCUUGGACAUGUCUGAUGUUUUCAUGGAAAUGGUGAAGGCCAGCGCCACUGUAGAUAUCGUUCAGAAAAAGUUGGUUUAUCUGUAUAUGGGCACAUAUGCACCUUUAAAACCUGAUCUAGCGCUCUUGGCUAUCAAUACACUCUGCAAAGACUGCUCAGACCCCAACCCAAUGGUGCGAGGACUGGCACUACGGAGCAUGUGUAGCCUCAGGAUGCCUGGUGUACAGGAGUAUAUCCAGCAGCCUGUUGUCAAUGGUCUGCGGGACAAAGCUUCAUAUGUCAGAAGAGUGGCCGUCCUUGGCUGUGCCAAGAUGCAUAAUCUUCAUGGAGACUCUGAAGUAGAUGGUGCUCUAGUCAAUGAGUUAUACAGUCUUCUGCGUGACCAGGAUCCAAUUGUGGUUGUGAACUGUCUGAGGUCUCUAGAGGAAAUUUUAAAACAGGAAGGAGGUGUUGUCAUUAAUAAGCCCAUUGCCCACCAUCUCUUAAAUAGAAUGUCAAAACUGGACCAGUGGGGCCAGGCUGAAGUACUGAACUUUCUGCUCCGCUACCAACCCCGCAGUGAGGAGGAACUGUUUGAUAUCCUCAAUUUGUUGGACAGCUAUCUCAAGAGCAGCAGCACUGGUGUGGUGAUGGGAGCCACCAAACUUUUUCUGAUUUUGGCAAAAAAGUUCCCCCACGUACAAACUGAUGUGCUUGUACGAGUCAAGGGACCCUUGCUGGCUGCCUGUUCUUCAGAGAGCCGAGAGCUCUGCUUUGCUGCUCUCUGCCAUGUCCGCCAGGUCUUGCAUAGUUUGCCAGGUCACUUUAGCAGUCACUACAAAAAGUUUUUUUGCUCUUACUCGGAGCCCCACUAUAUCAAGCUGCAGAAGGUGGAGGUGCUGUGCGAGCUGGUGAACGAUGAGAACGUGCAGCAGGUGCUUGAAGAGCUGCGAGGGUACUGCACUGAUGUGUCUGCUGACUUUGCACAGGCUGCCAUCUUUGCUAUAGGUAAUAUUGCCAAGACUUACACAGACCAAUGUGUGCAGAUUCUAACAGAGUUGCUGGGACUUCGACAAGAACAUAUCACUACAGUGGUGGUGCAGACUUUCCGAGACCUUGUCUGGUUAUGCCCUCAGUGUACUGAAGCUGUGUGUCAGGCCCUGCCCGGCUGUGAGGAGAACAUUCAAGACAGUGAGGGGAAACAGGCACUUAUCUGGUUACUUGGGGUCCACGGGGAAAAAAUCCCCAAUGCUCCUUAUGUGUUGGAGGACUUUGUAGAAAGUGUGAAGUCGGAGACUUUUCCUGCUGUUAAGAUGGAGCUGCUGACGGCUCUGAUGCGCCUUUUCCUCUCACGCCCUGCUGAGUGCCAGGACGUGCUGGGACGUCUGUUGCUUUACUGCAUAGAGGAAGAAAAGGAUAUGGCUGUACGAGACCGGGGUCUCUUCUAUUAUCGCCUCCUCUUGGUUGGCAUUGAUAAAACUAAGCAGAUCCUGUGUAGUCCUAAGUCUGACCCUUCUCUUGGACUUUUGGAGGAUCAACCAGAACGACCAGUGAAUAGCUGGGCUUCAGACUUCAAUACGCUGGCGCCAGUGUAUGGCAAAGCCCACUGGGCAACUAUCUCUAAAUGCCAGAAGAUAGAGCCUCAUCGCCUUGAGCUUCCCCACAAUGCAUCCUUUGCCACAUCAGGACACUUGAUUGCUGAAGAGAACAAAGAAGGAGCACAAGAACCUCCGGACUCUGGAGCUCUCGUGCUGGUUCCCAAUCUCCAGCUUACCGCUGAGUGUUUUGAGAAAACAUGGCUUAGCCUCACAGUUUCUUACCAUCAGGUGCUUCCUUGGCAGGGAGAAGUCCAGCCCGACACUCUACAAAUGGCUCUAAAAGUAGUGAACAUUCAGACCAUCGCAAUGAGCAAGCCUGGGGCACAGCCCUGGAAAGCCUACCUCAGUGCUCAGGACGGUACUGGUGGUCUCUUCUUAACGGAAUUGCUGUUGAAGCCUGAGAACUCAGAAGUGCAAAUCUCUGUGAAGCAGAGUGAGGCCAGGACUGAAGCCCUGCGUGGUUUCGUCUCUGUCCUGGAAACUGUGAUUGGAACGGUUGGAGACAUAAAAUCAUAACAGAGUCUGCUCUUGCCUUGGGUGAGAUGGAAAGCAUCAGAGCCCUCAUUGUCUUAAACAGCUGCUUGUGAGUCCUUGGAUCAGCUUCGAAAGAGAAGGGAAGUCUGGGAAUCCCGGCUCUUAUGUUUACCCAGUUUCCUACCUUGUUCCUUUCAACCUGUCAGGAAUUGAUCCCAUUUUAAAAGGAGAAUGUAUACUGUAGUAUUGGUAGGGGAAAGAUUGGGGUGAAGAUAGACCGGGGAUAUUUCUCUGUUCAUUUUAAGGGCUGUAAUAUUUAUUAAAUAAUGCCUGGCAUUUGUGG